AUGAGUCUCGAACCGGAGCGACACGUCGAAGUGUGGGUGAUCCAGGCGAUCCCGCGUCACGCGGAACAACUGCUGCGGUACCUGUCGAGUUCGGUGCCGCUUGGUCGAGAGCUCGCCCAUUUGAAGCGUGGACACCGGGAUAGCACCGGUGCCGUCAACGUACUGCUUGCACUCGUCUCCGCGGACGAUCCGGAAGUUCCCAACCGAAACGCGCACGCCGUACUAGAGCGACUCGGUGUGGCACGCGAGUGGGUACAUACCGCCACGCUUCGCCGGUGUGUUGUGCCCGCAGUGGCGCCUCGAACUGGACUACAGAGUCAGCACUGGUCGCGAACGCUCUGGCCUGUUAUAUACAGGCCAGAGGCUCCGGAACCACCGAUACUCGCUGAGACCGAGGUCGGCACGGCGCUGGAGCUCCUCGAACGUCUCGAGCACGAGACGCAGGGCACCGACGUUAACGCCGCUCUUGUUGUGCGUUGGCCGCUACCCAGCGCACCUGCACAGGUGAUCUGCAGUGUCCAGGGUCCGCAUGCGCCACUCAGGUGCAUCGACGAAGCGUCCCGCAUUUUCCGCGACCGAGACAACGGCGAGGAGCAUCCGCAUUAUAUGCUCACUGGUUUGGACCUCUUCACAGUUCGGGAGCCGUGUGUUUGCUGUGCAAUGGCGGCGACGCAUUCUCGCAUUCGUCGCCUGUUCUUUAUUCACCCGGACGCGAGCUUCGGUGGGAUCCUUCGGGUCGGCGUGCAUCGACUCAAGGCCCUUAAUCAUCGGUACGAGGCGUAUCAGCGCCAGCUCGCCUCUUAG